AACUUCACAGUGUGACACCCGGCGGAUGUAAACAAAGAAGCGUGAGCAGAGUUAGCUUCACUGCUGUGUGGACUGAGCUCUAAAACGGCUGUAUUAUAGUAUGAAUGAGAAAUAUCAGAGCGAGAAAGUAACGAUGUGUUCAGUUGAGUAUCUGAGAGAGUUGAUCAGCGACAGACUAACUGCUGCUGCUGGAGAAAUAUUCACAGAGUUUGAAAAAACCAUCGUCCAGUACGAGGAGGAGAUCGAUCGUCAGCGCAGACUGCUGGAUGUCAUCUGGAAACCACACAUCCCCUUACAGCCCAUAGAGCUGCCACAGUCUUAUAUCUGUGAGAGUGAGAAGACUGUCGUUGACCAUCAGCCCCAUGACCAGGAGAGAAACUCCAUGGUGGACCAUGAGGACCCAGAGCCUCUACGGAUUAAAGACCAGCAGGAGGAACUCUGCACCAGUUGGGACCAAUCAAACCCAGACAUUUCUCAAAUUAAAAUGGAACGGGAAGAAUCGUGCACCAGUCUGGACCAAUUAAACCCAGGGUUACCACAAAUUCAAGUGGAACAGGAUGAACUCUGCUCCAGUCAGGAGGAAGAGUUAAUUGGAUUGAAACAGGAGACUGAUACCUUUGAGGUGACUCCUGCUGAUGAGGAAAGUGACCACAGUGAACCAAAACCAAACAGUGAUCAGCUCCUGUUUCACAUCUCUUAUGUAGCUGAGAGCCCAGAUCAGGAAGGAAGCAAGGAUGUAGACUCAGGAUCAACUGGAUGUAUCGAGCAGAAACCAAGAGAUCAGAGUAACAGCAGUCACAGUAAUGAUGUAGACAAUGCUCCAUUGUCAGAGAGACAGUGUGAUAAUGACAAGGCAAGAAAAUCUGCAACAUGCGAGGUCUGUGGAAAAGCUUUUGGGCGUAAAUCAAAUUUAUUCAUACAUCACAGAACCCACACAGGUGAGAAGCCAUAUUCUUGUGAAACCUGUGAAAAAAGCUUCAGUCAACGGACCUCUUUGACUGACCACAUGAGAUGUCACAAAGGUGAGAAGCCAUAUUCUUGUGGAACCUGUGGAAAAAGAUUUUCUGAUUCAUCAGCACUUAAUAGGCACAUGGCAGUUCACAAAAUAGGAAAGCCAUAUUCUUGUGGAACCUGUGGAAAAAGCUUCAGUCAACGGGGCUCUUUGACUGCUCACAUGAGAUGUCACACAGGUGAGAAGCCGUUUUCUUGUGGAACCUGUGGAAAAAGCUUCAGUCGACGGGACCAUUUGACUGUCCACAUGAGAUGUCACACAGGUGAGAAGCCAUAUUCUUGUGGAACCUGUGAAAAAAGCUUUAGUCGACAGGCCCAUUUGAUUGACCACAUGAGAUGUCACACAGGUGAGAAGCCAUAUUCUUGUGGAAUCUGUGAAAAAAGCUUUAGUCGACGGGCCCAUUUGACUAAACACAUGAGAUGUCACACAGGUGAGAAGCCAUAUGCAUGUGGAACCUGUGGAAAAAGAUUUGCUGAUUCAUCAACACAUAAUAGGCACAUGGCAGUUCACAAAAUGGGAAAGCCAUAUUCUUGUGGAACCUGUGGAAAAAGCUUCAGUCAAAGUGGCUCUUUGACUGCCCACAUGAGAUGUCACACAGGUGAGAAGCCGUUUUCUUGUGGCACAUGUGGAAACAGCUUCAGUCGACAGGACUAUUUGACUACCCACAUGAGAUGUCACACAGGUGAGAAACCGUAUGUUUGUAACACUUGUGGAAAAAGAUUUGCUGAUUCAUCAACACAUAGAAGGCACACGGCAAUUCACAAAAAGAGAAAGCCAUAUUCUUGUGGCACCUGUGGAAAAAGCUUCAUUCAUCGGACCUCUUUGACUGUCCACAUGAGAUGUCACACAGGUGAGAAGCCGUUUUCUUGUGGCACAUGUGGAAAAAGCUUCAACCGUAGUUAUCGAUUAAAAGCCCACAUGAGAAACCACACAACUGAGAAGUUGUGAUCCUGAAACGUCUGUGGAAAACAUAAUGUCAGAACUAAGCUUGAAACAACAUGGAAGAAUUGGUAGAGGUUAAAAGUAGAUGUUUCAGAUUUAAAGCACCUUUAGUCUGUGCUUCAACAACAAUUGUGAGGAAGUAUGUAAGCAAUCCUUGAUGAUUAGACCAGAUGGAGUCUGGACUGUGGUGGUGGUGGAGCAGGCAGAAGAACCAAACUGAAUGUCUGGAUGGAUAUGGUAUUGGUACAGACUGCUACAUUUCUGCUAUCAUGACAUCCUUCAUCAGCAGAGCAGUGAUUGGAGAUAUUGUGAAGCUGUUUGGAACAUUUUCACAUCCUGCUGAGAGAACAUGGCUGUUCAGGUGUGAACAUACUGCUGGAAUCCACUCAGCUUGAGUUCUGCUGUCUUUCAAGUAAAAGGAGGCAACGAGAUUAGGGCUGCAGCUAACGAAGCCUCGACUAAUCGUCUGAGCACGAUACAUCAUCAAAAGCGGAAGUGAGCGCGCAAUGCAACAGAAAUCACCAUCCAACCGGAGCGCGGAACACGGACGGACGUCGCCGCUGUAUGGUGCAUAUAUUAUGUAUGCACGAUGCAGCGUGGACAUCCGCUAUCUAUCGUAAACAUGGAUGUCAGCGUUUACUAUACAGCUGUAUCUAAACGCGGACACAACAAAGUGUGUCACUGCAGCAGAGGAGAUCUGGACGUGAAAUAAAGUUGUAAUAAAACGUCUACAGCUCCAUGACUGCUCCAUGAAAUGUUUUGAAUGCAUUUAAACAGAUGUACUUUUACAAGUUGUUUAAUAAAGAGUGUAACACUGAAGAGCUCCAGCAAGAAUAUCUCGAGUCAGAUAUCAAAGACAUAACCAACAGACCAGUGGUUUUACUAAUAGUAGCUGAUACACUCCUGCAAAUUUCAAAUCCAGAAAGGUUAAAAACAGGUGAAGCUGUGCUGCAGUUUCUGCUGGUUAGAUAAAGGUCUUGUGCUAUUUAUUUCUUCUGUUGUCACCACAUAGGUCAUCUGUGUGAUUUGUUAGUAGGAUCUCAUUGUGUGGUCAUACAGCACAUUGAACCCUUGUAUUGUCUUAACGUCCUGAACACUCCUCCUGUCCUCAGGGUCAAAAAUGACCUGCCUCCACUGAGCCUCUAAAAUAGAGCAGCUUAAUGAAAUUUUUUAACCAAAAAUCUAUUUUACAUGAAGAAACAACCUGUCAUGCAUCACACACUUUGUGAAUGCCUGUUUUUGCUUCCUCAGAGGGUAGAAAGACGUUUUUAUACCAUCAUUCAUGCUGUUUCCUAAAGUCGAGGUUUGUUCUCAUUAUUGCUGCUAAAGGUACUGCAUAGGUGUGAACAUUUCUUGUUUUGCAAGAGAUAAUACUUCCAUAGCCUAAUAAAGUACCAGAAAUGUGCAGAAAUGAACUUGAAAUGCAUUUUUGAAGGGAACCAACAGUGUACUGUAUACUGUACAAUGGAAUGUAAAACUACAAAAUACUAGAAUUCUCUCCUCUUUUGAAUCAUUGCUCCCACUGACAAGCUGCAUAACCUACAUCAAUCAUAAGAACAGAAAAAAAUAACAGAUUCAAGCAAAAUAUUACGAACAUAUUAAGCUUUAAUUAGCACACGGAGGACAGAAUGCAACUGGAUUUGUCACACAUGCAGCACACAGUAUUUGUUUUACAGUCCUUGUUACUCCUGGAUGACUGAAAAAAAAAAAUCUGAUCUCUGACCUGCUGGGUACUGAAAGCAGAAAACUGCCCUCAUGGCUUCAUCAAAGAGAGAACUGGUGGUGUUGUCAUGUGCAGCACCUUUCUAGCCUCUGAACUCAUUCCCCGUUAGUAAACGAUGCUUUCAAGAAAUGUGUCAUUGUUUGAAAUUGGUAAAACUUGAGAUUUGUUGUGGAUGGUUGAUGUGGCACCUGCACAAGAAAGUUUUAGUUUCUGUGAGAUCAAUCAGUAGCACUCUCAGUUUCUGUGUGUGUGUACAUGUGUGUGUUGCAUAUUGUGUCUGUGAACUUGGGUUGUGUGGGGUCAUGGAUGGGCAAUGAUGCACCUGUACGUAGUUUAUCUGACAUCAAUCAGCGAGCAGGCAUAAUCUAAGUUUUUCAUGCUGUGUGUUCAUUGUUCAUUAUUUUCAUGUUGUAGUUGUAAAGGUGUGUGUGAGUGUUUUAGUCCUAUGUGACAAAGACAAUCUAUGCGACUGGCGUUUUUACUGCUUUCUUGAUAGGUGCAGUGGAGACAGACAGGAAAAGAGGGAGAAGAGUGGGGGGAAGACAUGCAGCAAAGGGCCGCACGCAGGAAUCGGGGAAGUCGGGCAUUUGUUGCAUUUAUUGUUGAUGAAUUACAGAAAAAUUGAUACAGAAUACAAAAGAUUCACACUAAAGAGUUUUGAAGAAGGCCUAGUUCCUUGAUGCAGCCACAUGGUCAAUAAACUGUUUGCCUUCCUCAGCUACACCAGAUGCUGUGGCAGCUGGUUCUGAAACCUUCCUCCUUGGACUCCAUUUUCAACUUCCUCAGCCAGGUGGAGUUAAACUCUGUGCUCCUCUAGGGGGGUAAACACACCUAUAGCCAUUCAUUCUCCCAUAGACACACAUGCACUCUCUUCUAUUCACAUCCACAUACUGAUAACAAAAGGGAAUGUAUGAAAUCAGCAUGAAGCCCAAUUUGGUUCCUACACCAACUUUAUUGUCAUUACACAGAGUCCAAGUAUAAAGACAAAUGCAGUUGAGUACGUAACUGUAAGUGCAAAAGAAGCAGUAAAAGUGCUUCAUGAACAGUUUGGGUGUCUCCAUUAUGAUACGGUAUAAACAGUACUAAGUAUUGUGAUCACAUUAAGUAUAGAAAUGGAAUCAAAAUUCAGAAGGAGUCAGAAUUCAUGAAUAACAUCAUCAAGGUCCAUACUGAAGAAGAAUGGGGUUCUCAUAUACAAAUUUACUCAGACGGAUCAAACAACCCUGAUCAUGAUGAUGAAGUCACUUGGUGAUGCAAAUUUGGCUCUGUUAAGAACGCGUGGCUUUCUGGCCGCUCUGACGUGCUCUUGUAAAACAUUAAAAAAAAAAAAAAACACCA